UCCUCUUUUACUCCCUGUGUUCAACAUGGCAGUCGGCAAAAAUAAGAGGCUGACCAAAGGUGGCAAAAAAGGUGCCAAAAAGAAGAUUGUGGAUCCUUUCUCCAAGAAGGACUGGUAUGAUGUCAAGGCACCAGCCAUGUUCAACAUCCGCAACCUGGGCAAGACCUUGGUCACCAGGACUCAGGGAACCAGAAUUGCCUCUGAUGGUCUGAAGGGACGUGUGUUCGAGGUCAGUCUGGCUGAUCUGCAGAACGACGAGGUGGCCUUCCGCAAAUUUAAGCUGGUCACAGAAGACGUGCAGGGCAAGAACUGCCUCACCAACUUCCACGGCAUGGACCUCACUCGUGACAAGAUGUGCUCCAUGGUCAAGAAGUGGCAGACAAUGAUUGAGGCCCAUGUUGACGUAAAGACCACUGAUGGAUAUCUCCUCCGCCUGUUCUGCGUGGGCUUCACCAAGAAGCGCACCAACCAGAUCAGAAAAACCUCCUAUGCACAGCACCAGCAGGUCCGUCAGAUCCGCAAGAAGAUGAUGGAAAUCAUGACCCGUGAGGUCCAGACCAACGACCUCAAGGAGGUGGUCAACAAGCUGAUUCCUGACAGUGUUGGCAAGGACAUUGAAAAGGCCUGCCAAUCCAUCUAUCCUCUACAUGACGUCUACGUCAGGAAGGUUAAGAUGCUGAAAAAGCCCAAAUUUGAGCUUGGUAAGCUGAUGGAGCUGCAUGGUGAGGGUGGAUCCACCAGUGCUGCUGCUAAACCUGCAGAGGGCGACACUGGGGCCAAGGUGGAGAGAGCUGACGGAUAUGAGCCCCCCAUCCAGGAGUCUGUCUAAAACUCCCAACACAAACAGCUGGUGUCAAUAAACAUGUAAAUUUGAGCCUUUGUGUGCUGAGAUCUUUUUUUCUUUUUGAUUUGUGUGUAAACUUUCAUAUUCCUAGUCGAAAAUAGCAAAUUUGACAGUCAAACAUUUGUGCUACGUUAAUUGAAAUUGGUUGUACUGUUAAAGUGGAGCUUGAAGUUUUUGAACUCUUCAGGCUGCUUUACUAUAGAGCAUGAGUGUCAAACUCAAUUCCUGGAGAGCUGCAGUCUUGCAGAGUUUAGUUCCAACCCUAGUUCAAGCCUAAAACACUCAUUUAGUUUACUCUGGUAUGUGUAAUUAGGGUUGGAACUAAACUGUAGAGCUGAGUUUAUCCGAAAAGUAUCAACCAUUACAAUGACCACACAAUGCAUUUUAGCUUAAUAUGGUUUUAUUUGUGGGAUUAAUUUUUGAAAUGUUAUACUUUAAACAAAAGUUUAAGAAAUGUAAUUAUAUACCUCAGGACUUUGCUACAUAGCAAAGUUUAUCAUGGAAACCAUUUGAAAAGCCUGCAAAAUAGUUAGUUGAAUACUGUGUUUUUUUAUUUUGCAGGAACAUGUAUAAAUUGCUUUGAGUUAAAUAUAAUUGAUUAAAUAAAUGAUUACAAAAGGGAUCAUAAA